AUGCUUUGCUUAUUCUUGGCCUGUGUGCUGGUGACUGGCUGCUCCGCUCAGAGCUUUCGGAUUUCAGUGCCAUUAAAAGACUCAGAGAUCUCAAACGCUUUGGAGGUGCUUCGAGAAGAUGAGAGCAGCUGGUACUUUGUACCCGUGUUAGGAGAAAGCGACACGAAGGCAUAUCCGCGUGAGGUCAAAGAGCAACUUGCCAACGUUGGCUCCUACAUCUAUGGGCCAAGCACCAUCUACAGUGGUCACUGCCCAUCUUACCUAGGGCAGGACCAAGCCGGUCUGCGACAUCAUGAGAACUUGAAAGAUGAGCUGGACGGGAAACUUGGCUGGCUUUUUGAUCGUAUCAAGCAGGCCUUGCAGCAGGCCGUGGCCCCGGACCAAGUCGACGACGAGUGGAUCUCCUAUCCCUACGUCAAGAUGCAUCGCGGGGACACCCUCGAUGGACUGCCCGACCAAAUUCGCAAGAUGGUGCUGAGCCCGGCGCCGCCCCACAAGGAUGAGCAGUACAUCAAGCACACGAAAGCCGAGGAGCGAUCUUCCGCCCAAACGCUCACUUUCACCUUGCCCUUGCAGGUCCCUGCCGGUGGUGCAAGUCUGCGGGUUUACGACUGCUUCUAUGACAAGGCCCUUGGGAAGACCGUGGACAAGAAGGGGAAGGUGCUGGCGCGUCAAAGCAGUGACUGGUGCCUCCGGGAGAUGUCUUUCGAAGACGUCCCUUACAUUCCUGGGCGCAUGCUGCUCUUUUCUGGUGACCAGCUACAUGCUGUCGGGCCCUACUACAAUCCAGUUUCCUCCGAUCGACGAAUUGUGCUGCAGGGACAUGGCAUAUUCCGCGAUGGAAAGUGGCGCCUGUUCGGAUAG